AUACCUCAGUAGAGCCAUACAGAUGUAAUGCAAGUGAGACGAGAAACUAACUUUGCAACAGACAGAAAAAGUUAAAAAGUUUCGCGUUCCUUCUAUUAAAGAAGAUAUACAAUAAAUGUACCAUACAUUCUUUCAGGAAUUAUCGUCUAAAAGCGGCAGUGAUGGCUCCUUCCCUGACCCAGGCCUAUCAGAGGCGCUGGUGGAUGGCUGUUACUGCGGUCAUAGAGAACCUGCUGUUCUCUGCUGUAUUGCUGGGCUGGGGAUCACUACUCAUCAUGCUCAAGAACGAGGGUUUCUAUUCACAUCUCUGCAUAAGCAAUGAGACAGUGUUAAGUAACGUGAGUUCCUGGGACAGCGGUAUCUGGCAUAGCUGUGUGGACCAGGAAGAGAUGUUGAAUCUGGGUUUUACCAUUGGCUCCUUCUUGCUGAGCGCAGCCACUCUGCCGCUUGGGAUCCUGAUGGACAAAUACGGGCCCCGCCCACUCCGCCUCCUCGGCAGUGCCUGUUUUGCUUUCUCUUGUGCCAUGAUAGCUGGAGCUGCCUACUACCCUGAAGUUCUCUCUGCCCUCAUCUUCAUCGCUGUUUCCUUCAAUGGCUUCGGAGGAAUCUGCCUUACCUUCACCUCCCUCACAUUACCCAACAUGUUUGGGAAUGUGCGCUCCACCAUCUUGUCCUUAAUGAUUGGCUCAUACGCCUCCUCCGCCGUCACCUUCCCUGGAGUCAAGCUGAUCUAUGAUCUGGGCGUGUCCUUCAGGGUGAUCAUGUGGGUGUGGUCUGGGCUUGCCUGCCUCGUCUUCCUCAACUGCUUUCUCAAUUGGCCAAGGGAGUCUUUCCCCGACCCAGAGGACAUAAGCUACACAAGGAAAGUGAAGCUGAGUGAUGUAGUGAUGGAUGACAAGGCACCAGGGGACAUAUUUUAUAGUCAUGUGACAACAGCGGGAGAGACUCUGAAGCAGAAGCAGCCAGACCCCAUCUCAGAACAGCUCCCUCCAGCAGAACCCGCACAGGGUGAAAGUGGCCCUUCAUUCCGUAGUUCAGUCUGCUCGCCUAUCUUCCUGUGGAGUCUCAUCACCAUGGCGAUGACCCAGCUACGCAUCAUCUUCUUCAUGGGUGCCAUGAACAAAAUGCUGGAGUUCCUGGUUACCCACGGUGACCCACACCCCUCUGAGAAGCUAUUAAUGGAAGCUGACCAACAAGUGGGCUUCUACUCCUCUCUUUUUGGCUCCCUGCAGCUCCUCUGCCUCCUAACCUGUCCUUUGAUUGGCUACAUCAUGGACUGGCGAAUGAAGGAGUGCGACGUGACCCAGAGCCAACUAGAGCCCCCGAAGAGAGACAGGAAGAUCCAAAAACUGACAAAUGCCAUACGAGCUUUCAUUUUCACCAACAUUCUACUAGUCACCUUCGGAGUGAUCCAGAUGAUUGACAACCUGCCUGUACAGAUUCUAGCCUUCAUAUUCCACACCAUGGUCAGAGGCUUUGUUCACUCCUGUGCCGGGGGCCUCUAUGCUGCAGUAUAUCCAACCAAUCACUUUGGGACGUUGACGGGGAUGCAGUCGAUGAUCAGUGCCCUGUUUGCACUCCUCCAGCAGCCUCUCUUUGUCAUUAUGGUGGGACACUUGGACGGAGACCCUUAUUGGAUCAACCUGAGCCUACUCAUUGCCUCAUUGGCUGGAUUCCUGUUGCCCGGAUACCUGAUCUAUCACCGAAGGAGCCUGAGGAGAGAGAAGGCUAUGCCAGAGAGGGAAGCUGUUAACCAAUCAGAAAGAGAAACGUUACACCAAUUAGAAAAUUGUCAUCCCAAAAACCAUUCUAAUGGACAUCUCAGUAAUGAAGCUUAAGAAUCUCAAUCAAAUUAUCUGUCAAAUAUCAUAAUCUUUAUAAAUCAUGAAAUAUAAUUUUUAUCACGUGUGCAAACUCAAAUCCUGUGGGCCGGAUUAGGCCCUGAAGCCUAUUCAACCCAGCCUGUGGGUAAUUUGAGAUUGUUGAAUCACUUUUCUUAUUUAUUUUGAAAAAAAAGAAAUUGGACAUGGAUUAAUGUCAGCUCCAAAACUGCUUAUUUAAUAAUCAUUAGGUAUGUGACACCAAAAUACACACUCAAAAUACAUACUAAUAGCUUAAAAUGCAGCUGCCAAAGAAAUCUUAAAAUAUACAAACAAACAUGUAUUGUUGUUCAACAUAAUGUCACAGCAGCAGGUGAUUUAGGCAUACAGUACAUUGAGAUUUAACAACUCAAUAACUAGUCAAUAGUGUUUACUCUGACCAAAAACUACAGGAAGGUAAAGGGCUCCAUUUCGGUUCCCCUUUCCACCAACAAGCACAGCUCUUAGGAUUCAGUAGUAGACAGAAAGUGAAUUGAGCUGACUGGUAUAACUCUGAACCUCCUUCCCCACCCCACUCUCACCAACCAACAGCCACGUCAUUCAUUUUGGCCUGGCAGGCAGCCUGGCAGUCAUAUUGUGUGUCUUUUCCCUGAUCCUUGUUGCGUCUCUCCAUCCUCCCUGCGUCUAUAACGUCUGUAUUAUCUUUUCAUCCAUGCGCGGGGACAUCGAUUAUGAGGAGACAAAGUAGAUCGGAGUCCAGUUUCCGCGUACAUGUGCGCCAGAGGGAGGCGCCUCCGCGUCUCUCUUGCUUUGACUAUCAGUCCAGUCCCUGAACCCCUUGUCCCCUUCGGCAGGACCUCAGAUAUGUCGCCGCCCAUCCAACCACGUACUACAUCCACUCGGCCAAGUCUCCAGCGGUUUUGGACGUGGCACCUUUCAAGGGCAUUACCAAUGACCAGGGCCCUGAAGGGUCACAACGACGGCCCGUUGUUCUCUGUGGCAUUUGAUCGUUGGGUCGUGUGUUCCAGACAGCAUCCUUUCUCUUCGGGGAAAUGAGAUGCACGCUAGGUUUACCGAAAUUGUCAUUUCUAACAACACCGGCCAUAGUUUUCGGAGCCUUUUGUUUGUAACGACACAGAUUUUAGCUUUAAGACGAACAUGUUGAACUUUGUGCACUUUAUGAAAUGGGAACGUGGAGUAGUUACAGUAGGGUAUUGUAUGUGGAAAUGCCAUUCAGACUGUUAUUAAAAUUAUUAAGGAGAGCUUUUACAGUAGAUUAGUUUCACAUAAGAGAUCUGACUAAUCAACCAGAAUGGUUUGAAGUAUUGUGUAAGAUAAAACAGAUUAUGUACAGAUGUGCUGCUUCAACAAGCUCCAGAAACUGAUUAAACAAAUCCUACAAAUCAAUCAACCAACCAACAGUAUAGUACAAAUAAAACAGCAUUUACAGUUAACAGAACUGUAUACAGGCAAAUUAAACAAUAUUUACAGUUAACAGCACUGUGAAACGAAACUAUUUAAUUUUACAGUACCGUGAACUGUAAUCAGUAAAUACGAGUAAUGUAUAAGGUAAAACAGAUGCACCUGAACCCCAUUAUCACCAUCCAAAUGACAACAACACUAGAAGCACCACAUUGGAGCAGGGCUUCAUAUCACGGUUGCACCAUGGCUGCUAAAGUUAUAGUCAGUAGGCUAUUUAUUCAGUGUCUGUCCCAAAUGACCCCCAAGUCCCUAUAUAGUGCACAACAUUUGACCAGGGUCAUAGGGCAAAAGGGAGCCAUUUGCGAUGGAGGCUUAGUGUGUAUAAGACGUAGGAGCGCUAAGAUAAUACUGUAAUGUGUAAUGGUAUCUAUUAAUGAAUCGAAUGAUUCACCAAUUCAAUGUGUGUCCCUGGGAAGCAAGUGCCUUUGUACCAAUGUUAGUGCUGGAAUUGCACCAUGAGAAUGUAGAAUAUUCCGGUAUGCUACAUUUCCCCUAUCAGUAGUUUUCUAAUCUUUUUAAGACAUGAAAAUGUCUGGCUAUUUAUUGAAUUUAGGUAAGCAGGAGAACAAAGAUUUGAUGUUUGAUGCCUUAAAGUACUGUUCUAGCAUCAGGUUUGUAUUUUACUUCAUAAUAAAUAAGAUUAGCUACAUGGUUAAAAGGCAACCCUGAUCCUACAUCAGCACUACAUGCCCAGUAAUUGGGGCAACUUCCACCUACAGGUCCUAUGUACAUUUUAGUCAUUCAGCAGACUCUUGUCCAUGGAGACUAACAGAGGAAAUUAGGCUAAGUGCCUUACUCAAGGGUUCAGCUAAAUAUAUUUUACAUUCUCAUCUAGAGGAACGAUAACUGCAAAACUACCUGCCUUUGUGGGAAAAGAAUAUUCAUUUUUAUCACUGUUCUCACAAUGUGAUCAUGGUAUUAAUGGACAAGGUGAAGACAAUGUAAGACAAUCCAAAACACUGUAUUGUAAAUAGGCUUUUAAUAAAAACUGUAAUAUUUAAAGGAAAAGAAUAAACACUGGUUUAUGUUUUU